UGACUCUCUCACCUGUUCUUCUUCUUCUUCUUCCUCUGCUUUUUUCCUCUUUAUUCGUGUCUGUCUCUUUCUCUACUCUACAUCUCCUCCGGGAGACAGAAAGAGAGUAAGAGAGCAGUGGCAAUGGCGGUGUCUAAGAAAUGGGUUGGUCUGAGCUUAGUGAUGCUGGUGAUAUUGUUCGUUGGGGCAAUGGGCACUGUGUGGAAGAACCAGAUCCCAGAAAACAGCAAUGGGGGAACAGUGCAAUUGCAGAGCUCGAGCAACUCAUCAAUGGCAGCGAGUUUGUUGGAAGAGGCUGAGGGCUUGAAGGAGCUUGCGGUGGACGAUCCAGAGGAGGUUGUCGCCAUGGUGGAGAUGCGCAUCCGCAACAGCACAGAGAGGAGGAAGCUGGGCUUCUUCUCAUGCGGAACUGGCAACCCCAUUGAUGACUGCUGGCGUUGUGACUCCAACUGGCAACAAAACCGCAAGCGCCUUGCAGACUGUGGCAUUGGUUUUGGCAGGAAUGCAGUUGGUGGCCGUGACGGCCGCUUCUAUGUUGUCACCGACCCCGGCGAUGAUGACCCUGUCAACCCCAAGCCCGGCACUUUGCGCCAUGCUGUCAUCCAGGAGGAACCUCUGUGGAUUGUGUUCAAGCGGGACAUGGUUAUCCAAUUGAAGCAGGAGCUGAUCAUGAACAGCUUCAAGACUAUUGAUGGCCGUGGGGCCAAUGUCCACGUUGCUAAUGGAGCUUGCAUCACUAUCCAGUUUGUCACUAAUAUUAUCAUUCACGGUCUACACAUCCAUGAUUGCAAGCCUACCGGCAAUGCCAUGGUGAGAAGCUCGCCAAGUCACUUUGGGUGGAGGACAAUGGCUGAUGGUGAUGCCAUUUCCAUUUUCGGGUCAAGUCACAUAUGGGUUGAUCACAACUCUCUCUCUAAGUGUGCUGAUGGCCUUGUUGAUGCUGUCAUGGGCUCAACUUCCAUUACCAUUUCCAACAACCAUCUCACCCACCACAAUGAGGUUAUGCUAUUGGGCCAUAGUGAUUCUUACACCCGAGACAAGCAAAUGCAAGUAACCAUCGCAUACAACCACUUUGGAGAGGGACUUAUCCAGAGAAUGCCUAGGUGUAGACACGGAUACUUCCAUGUUGUGAACAAUGAUUACACUCACUGGGAGAUGUAUGCCAUUGGUGGAAGUGCAAAUCCAACCAUCAAUAGCCAGGGCAACAGAUACAAUGCACCAGUCAACCCCUUUGCUAAAGAGGUGACAAAGAGGGUAGAAACACCAACAAGCCAGUGGAAGGGCUGGAAUUGGAGGUCAGAGGGAGAUCUGUUGUUGAAUGGUGCCUAUUUCACCCCCUCAGGAGCUGGAGCUUCAGCCAGCUACGCCAGAGCCUCCAGCUUGGGUGCCAAGUCUUCCUCAAUGGUUGGCUCCAUGACUUCCAACGCCGGUGCACUUGGUUGCCGUAGAGGCCGCCAGUGCUAGAAGAAGUAUCUCAUUCUCUCAGUCAAUUAAAUUGGCCAAAGAAAAGGCCCCCCCCCUCCUUCAAUAUUUACUACUAUAUUACAUCACUACCCAAAUAUCCAUUGUUUUUUCUCCCCAUCUGUUCCACAUAUUCUGACAAGUGUACAAUUUUUACACAUUGUCAUUAUAUAUUGGAUCCAUAUCCCUCAAAAGAAUCCAGUUUGUCUAUCCAUCUGUUAUGUUACUCUGCUCAACCUCGGCCUGCUUCAACUGCAAAAAAGCAAACGCCAUUUUAGCGGCGGGUGCGGAAGCGUUGUUCGUCAUUUGUUUCCUUCUUUGCCUUAUCAUCACCUUCUAACUCUCCACCUGUCCAUCCAUCUCUUUCCAGUGUCAAUCUUUGUCCCUACAUACUGGUCUGUCUUUUGGGUUCAUAGGAUUUGAAUGAUUUGUGUUUUCUUUUCUUUUCUUUUUUUUUGUCGGUUGGGUCAGUCAUACAGGCAAAAAAGUAUGAAUGUCGAACUGGGAAUUACGGAAAAAACUUUGUUACAGAUUAUGCAUAGCAAGCAAGCAAGCAAUAGCGGUGAUGUAUUUUUUAUUUUAUUUUAUUUUUAAUUUUAUCUUUUACUUUUUUACUUAUCAGCCUUCUCUUUGGCAAUGAAAGCAAUGUUUUUA